UGCAAUUCGUAUCUCAACUUGUCCAUUAUUGCAACGUGUGGAGGAAAGCGGCACAGUAAAGUGCAGCAUUCUGGUCGGAAACACGUUUAUUAAGAGCUGUUAAAAAGCACAGCUAUUUAAAGCAAAGGAGACAAUUUUAGAGAUAUUUUCACAAGAAGCUGAUGGUUUAGUUUCCAGAAUACACAGUGCAGCAGUAAGGCACCAGUGGUUGUGAUAGAUGACUGUGACAAAUAGAACUGCACUGCAAAUGGGUAUUGACAUCUGAUGCUGGCUUCAAGUACAAAAGGCUGAACUAAACCGGUGGGGCUCAUAUUUGUUGUUAACUAGGAGACAGGUAGGAAGCAUUUGGUAACCAGUAUCUUCUCAUAGUUGACCAGCAGAUAGAAGGCAAGUGGUCAGUUCCUUUGGCCAUCAUCACCAUUGAGUUGUCUAAGCCUGCAAAAAUGGGAGAGUUUACCAGUGGAGGUGGGAUUGACCAUUGGGUAGUUCCCAAUGACCGUCAGUUAGCUCUAAGAGCCAGGUUGGGCACAGGCUGGUCUGUCCAUACCCACAAGCUUCAGACCUUCCACAAGAACCAGCAACUCAGUGUAGAGGAACAGGAACAAAUUCUGAAUGUCAUACGCAGAGCAGAGAGGCUGGAGCUCAUGGAACAGGAAAGGAUUGGGAGGCUGGUGGAGAGAUUAGAAAACAUGAAGAAAAAUGCUAUUGGCAGCGGAGAUUCCCAGUGUGUACUAUGUGGUGAUACCUUUGGCAUGCUUGGUGCUUCACCAACUUAUUGUGAAGACUGUGGAAAGGCUGUGUGUACCAAAUGUGGGGUAGACACAUUCAACAGCCACCACCAGCCAUUGUGGCUUUGUAAGAUCUGCAGUGAAAAACGAGAGCUAUGGAAAAGGUCAGGGGCAUGGUUUUUCAAAGGACUGCCUAGAUAUAUAAUGCCAAAAAAGAAAACAGAGUUGGACAAGGUGCCGGGUAGAGGGGGUCAUCCAGGUCAAGGACAGAGGUCAAGGACAGGGUCACCAGCUCCUCAGUAUAACACGUGGACCAGAGGCCGUGUCCAGUAUGGUGAAAGUACAGAUGAGCAAGAAAGUUCAGAAAGCUCUGAUGAUGAGAUUAAUAUCAGCAAAAGAAAAGUUCGAAGACAACAAGAUUCUGAGUCUGAGAGUGAGAUGUCCACCACCAGUGAUUUCAGGCCCUGGGCUAGCAGAGGAAGUAUGGGAACAGUUGAAAGUGAUUCGGUCAGCAUAGCCAGUAGUGGACGUCCCAAUCCUCUAAUGGCAAGUAGGCCACUCUCAGACAGCAAGACCAGCCUGGACAGCGGGCAGCUCCCAAGCUCUGGCCAAGGUACUGGUCAAGGCAGUUUGCCUUCAGAAGGCCCACGUGUACAGGAGUCCCAGGAUUCAACAGUCAGUGACAGUGAGAGGUCAGCCACCAGUGGUGUGGGGUCUUUCAGCAGAGGAAAUUCUCUCCAAUCUGCAGACACUGGUUCCAUUAAGGAAAAACAUGAAGAAGAAGCAGAUAUUGAUGAUGCAUUUACAAAAUAUGGGAAACAUGAGGGAGAGGAUGAGGAUCAGUUAUCAUCCCCAGAGUCUGAUGUCUCUCUAGGAACUUUGGAGUUCUCACUGAUGUAUGAUUCCAUGGGCAAUGCACUCCACUGCACCUUAAUCAGAGCUAGGAACCUCAAGGCUUUAAAAGCAAUGGAUUCCAAUGGGUUGUCAGAUCCUUAUGUGAAACUCCACCUACUGCCUGGUGCCUCAAAGUCCACUAAACUGAGAAGCAGAACUAUACACAAAACAUUGAACCCAGAGUGGAAUGAAACGUUAACAUACCAUGGGGUCAUAGAAGAAGACUUGCAGAGGAAAACAUUAAGACUGUCUGUGUUAGAUGAGGAUGCAUUUGGCUAUGAUUUCAUUGGAGAAACUAGGGUACCACUGAAAUGUUUGAAGCCACAUCAACUCAAGAAUUUCAAUGUUUAUUUGGACAGACAGAUGCCGCUGGAAAAAGAUGAUGACCUUGUUGCACAUGAGCGAGGCAAGAUCUUGGUGUCUCUGACAUACAAAGCUUCCAAGCAAAGUUUGUUGGUUGGCAUAGUGCGCUGUGUGCAGUUGGCACCUAUGGAUAGUAAUGGAUUCUCUGAUCCAUAUGUCAAAGUCUACCUCAAGCCUGACAAAGAAAAGAAGUCCAAACAAAAGACCACUGUUAAGAAGAAGACAUUAAAUCCAGAAUACAAUGAGGAGUUUUUGUAUGAAAUUCCAAAACAUGAAUUGGCCCAAAAGACCUUAGAACUCACUGUGUGGGAUAAAGAUAUUGGGAGACAUAGUGAUUAUAUAGGUGGUGUCCAGCUGGGAAUUACUGCCAAAGGCACCAGACUGAAACACUGGUUUGAAACACUCAAAUAUCCUGACAAGAAACACGAGUAUUGGCACAUUCUGUCAGCAGAUGUUGUUCCAGAUAGUCCGUAGAUGUCACCACAAGUGGAUAAAGAGCAAGACAAUCCAAAAAUGGCUGGACCAGUUUACUGUAUGGGCAAGAUAACCCUGUUAUCUCAAAUAGUAUCAGCACUGCGACUCGGUCAUAAAAAUCCAAAAGGCACAGGAAAGCAUCUGUUUUCAUUCGGUGACCUAUUUUCCUCUCUUAGAAUAGAAGUUUAAGAAAGCCAUUUUACUGUAGAAGUGUCACUUCUUGUUUGUCAACUCAGUCUAUUGUGAAGUGCAAUCAUAUCAGCUUUUGUUUUGCUAUUUUUCCUUCUCCAGCACAAAAAAUCCUGUCCACUUAAUGCUUUAUUCAAUCUGACUAAACUAGCCAGGGUAUUGCCAUUGGUUGUCCAAUAUCUGUGCAGAGUAGGGUUUUCCUCAUUAAGCCUCUUGAAGAGAUUUAAAAAGAAAUGCAAAUUGGGUUCUAACUUGUAGCUGCAUGACAUGUUGUGCACACGUUCUUUACAGUGAGAGAGAGAUACAGAUGUGCAAGUUAAAUUAAAGUAUGUACUGUACUGGAAAGCCUUGUCAGUACACCAGACAAGUGGAGUAAUCCACCAAGUUGUCUGAAUUGUUAAACUAGUAACAGUAAUUCAGCCUUCAGUCCAUCUUACAUUUACUUAUGUAUAAAUAUUCCUUUAGUUAAAAUGUUAGAUAUCUAAGAUAUUAUUCAAAUGUCAUUGGCAAAUCUUAUAAUAUUAGUGUCUGAUAUAGCAAACAACCACAAUGAGUUAAGUCAGUUCCAAUUAAUGGUCGUGGAAUUUUUUCCUGUGAAUAAACUUACAUGAUAUAAUUAUUCAUCUUUAAAAUUUGUCAAAUAUGCUUUAUAAAUCAAUAUAUGUUAUCGUGUUGUUUUUUUUCUUUUGUGUAAAUAGAUCAAACCUGAUGAAGUAUGGAAGUUGUUUCAUUAUAGGUAUUUAUUAUACUCUAAGGUGCUUUUAAAUGAAGCUUUUGCUUAUAACGUAGUUGUUUCCUGUCGCUGGACUUUUCUCUGCUCUUGCUCAUAUUGUACAGGUUCAGCACUUAAUAAGGAUUUAAGUUAAGGGUUGUGCAAUUGAGAAUGAUAAUUUUAUUUUCAUUGAUGGAUAUUAUAUGAUAUUAUAUGAUGUUCCAUUUUCUAAUUAUAAACUGCUGUAGGGUUUUUGUACUGUUAGAUCAGAGAAUUUGCAGAUGGAUCUCUGAAAGAUCUUAACAAUGCACUUGAUUAAGGUGCUGCAGGUGUGCAAGAUUUGGUGGUUUUUCUCUGUUUAGUAUUUUUUGACUUUUUCUAUCUUCAGAUACAGCUGCAUUCCAGAUUUAAAGAGUUGUAUUUUUGGGAAAGGCUUAGAUAAAUGUCAUGCUAUAAGUAAUUCCAAGUAGUACCAAGUUUUUUGUAGUACAGAGAGUAAGGGUACAAGUAAAUAAAAAUGUUAUGGUUUUGCUGUAAUGAAAUCAUUGAACUGACAGCUCUGUACAUAAAUGAUAAAAACAAGAUAGCAUUUUGGAUCAGAGGACCAACCUGAAGUCCCUUUUUAUUUUUGUUACAACAUUAAAUUGGGAGCUACAUUGAUAUAAAGUGAUUUUUUCAUAUGCAAUAUUUUGAUGAUUUGUUACCAAUUGACAUAGAUGGAAGGAGCAUAUGCAUGCUACAUUUUCCAAAUAAUGCAGAUGCAACUUAAUUCUGUUAGACCACUGAUAUUAUUUCAGUUUGCCUGUUUUAUUUCUAGACUAGUGCCUUAUUUGAAAUGGUUUAUUGCAACUUAAUCUGGCAGAAUCUAAAACUAGAUAAAUUCUACAUUUAUUCAGGUUAUUGAAAUAUGUUUAGACAUUAAAUAAUUUACUGGUAAGGAAAUUGGUGUACAGUGAGUAAUUUUUUUGCAAACAUUGUACAUUGUUUAGAAAUAAAUUUUUGAUUUUGUUUUCUUAAAUAAAUGUUGUGAAAGAAAGUUUUGUGUUUUCGUUCAGUCUUAAAGGAAUGUGAAACCAUGCC